AUGGUUGCAUUAAUUCUUAUGGAUCUAAAGGGAAAUUCUUACAGGCUUUUGUUUGGGGACUUCAACCAAAUCAGAACUCUGUCAAGAGAAGCCAAGUCCAAGCCCAUCAAUUUUACCAAUAAUAUCAUUCCUCGAGUUAUUCCCUUCAUCCACGUUGCAGUCCGAAAAUAUGGUGAAAACUGCUAUCUGUGGUUCGGGCCGAGGGCGGCCGUAAUCGUCACCAACCCUGAGGUUAUAAGAGAGAUCUUACAGAAGAGUUAUGUUUUUCAGAAGCCUAGUGGUAACCCACUAGGUCGAUUGCUGGCCAAAGGUAUCGCCUCGUACGAGACCGACAAAUGGGCCAAGCACAGGAAGUUGAUCAAUCCGGCCUUUCAAACCGAGAAAAUAAAGCGUAUGGUGCCGUCCUUUUACCUGAGUUGUGCUGAGAUGUUGGGCAAGUGGGAGAAGAUUGUGCCGAGCCAGGAAUCAUGCGAGGUAGACGUGUGGCCGUACCUUAAGACCAUGACAAGUGACGUUAUUUCUCGUACCGCCUUUGGCAGUAGCUACGAGGAAGGACGAAGGAUAUUCGAACUUCAGCAAGAGCUGGCCGUGCUAGUCAUGGAAUCCAUGCGCUCAGUUUACGUCCCGGGCUUGAGAUUUCUGCCGACGAAAAAAAACCGGAGGAUGAAGCAACUCGCCAAGGAAAUGAAAACUUCGAUUCUCGAGAUUGUGACCCGGAGGAUGAAAGCUUUAAAAGCAGGGGAGAAGUGCAGUGACGACUUGUUGGACUUGCUGUUGGAGUCGAAUUUCAAGGAAAUGGAGGAGCACGGGAGUAAGUUUGGGAUGAGCUUGGAAGAGGUGAUCGAGGAGUGCAAGCUUUUCUACUUUGCGGGUCAAGAGACAACCGCAAACUUGCUGGUUUGGACUAUGAUUUUGUUGAGCAAGCACCAGGACUGGCAGGCUCGUGCUAGGGAGGAGGUUCUUCAUGUGUUUGGGCAGGCGAAACCCGAUUAUCAAGAGAUAAACCAGUUGAAAAUUAUAAAUAUGAUACUUCACGAGGUUCUGAGACUCUAUCCACCGGGAGUUAUGCUGAGCCGAGUGACUCUGAGUGAAAGUAAGUUUGGAAAUCUGAGUAUUCCAGCUGGAGUUCAGUUGAUGCUGCCUGUGAUUCUACUGCAUCAUGACCGCAGAAUAUGGGGAGAGGAUGCCUUGGAAUUCAAUCCCGAGAGAUUUGGGGAGGGAGUGUCCAAGGCGACCCAAGGGCAGCUUGCCUACUUGCCCUUCGGCUGGGGGCCGCGGAUAUGCCCCGGCCAGAAUUUCUCCUUGCUGGAGGCUAAGCUGGCUUUGGCUAUGAUUUUGCAGCGCUUUUCGUUCCGCCUGUCGCACUCGUACGCGCACGCUCCUCAGACCGUCAUCACUCUUCAGCCUCAGCACGGGGCACAAUUGAUUCUCGAGAGACUUCUACAGUAA